GGUUUGCUGGAUAGACCCUAGUAACACACGGUCAGCGCUGGAUAACAAUCAAAUAGACCCUAGUUCACUUUACUACCUCUGAACCGAGAGGAGUAGAGAGGACCACAGCUAAAUCCAAUGCUCUGGACUGCAUUACGAAUUCUGAAUCUCUGGUCACUCACCCUCACGUUGGUUGGGCCUGAGAAAUCUCUGCGUCCCGACGACCCAAAUCCGGACGAGUCCAAGCGCUAGGCUCCAGCCAUAGCCAUGCGCAUUGUUUGUGUCUCCCGCCGAAGGUGACGAGACGACGAGCCAAGCUUAGCUGCGCAGCACAUGCAAGAGCAACCCCCCUUGUGCGGCCGGCGACUGGGACCAAAGCCGAAGCCGCAAGCGCGGCGUCCCCUCCAACGCGCGGCGUUUACAAGCGCCUCGCUCGCCAGCCGCAGCGAAACCAUCGCCCCGUUUGGCGUCUUCUCCAUCCCUGCGUUUCUCUUAAGUUUCACCCGCCCGCGCGCCCGCUUGAGUGAGGUGCUCUCUCGUGACCUCUCUCUCUCUCUCUCUCUCUCUCUCUCUCUCUGCCAAGGCUGUGGGGGCGAGAGCAGCAAGGCCGCGUUGGGAGGAGAGGAGGAAGAAGAAGAGGCUAUGGGCGCUGCUAUGGCAGAGGUGGUGCCCAAUGCGCCGUCGGCCAAACGGAGGUCAACCACGCUGAGGUUCCUGUUCGAGUCGGAGAAGCCGGAUGGCUUGCUGCCCGGCACGGCAAAGCUGCCGCCUCCGUCCCCGGAGCCCGAGGCCGACAGCCUCAUCGACAAGAUCGCCUCGUGCAACCGCCUCUUCACGUUCGUCGACGCGGGCGAGUGCGAGGAGAAGCGGAACGCGAAGCGGGACCGACUGGGGGAGGUGCUCGCCGCCGUCCGGUCGAGCGGGAAGCAGCCGCUGGACCACCGGGUGUUGGUGGCGCUGGUGAAGAUGGUCGGCGCCAACCUAUUCCGGACAAUGCCGCCGUCGGCCUACCCGCUGCUGCCCCCAGACGGCGUGGACGAGGAGGUGCCAGUGAUGUUGCUGGCCCCGUCGUGGCCGCACCUCCAGGUGGUCUACGACAUCAUCCUCGCCGUGGUCACCGGCGCCGACGCCAAGACGCUCCGCAACCACAUCGACCGCGCCUUCCUCUCCGGCCUCCUCGCGCUGUUCGGCUCCGAGGACCCCCGGGAGCGCGACCGGCUCAAGACUGUGUACCACCAGCUCUACUCCAAGCUCACCUGCGAGCGCGCCUUCAUGCGGCGGUCCAUGAGCGCCGCGUUCCUGCGGUUCGUCUACGAGACGUCCCCCUCGGAGCGCCACUACGGCGUCGACGAGCUGCUGGAGAUCUGCGGUAGCAUCAUCAACGGCUUCGCCGUGCCGCUCAAGGAGGAGCACCGGGCGUUCCUGAUGCGCGUGCUGCUGCCGUUGCACCGGACCAGGUGGGUGCACACCUACCAUCGCCAGCUCGCCUACUGCGUGCUCCAGUUCGUGCAGAAGGAACCGGAGCUCGCCGACGCGGUGGUCAGGGGGAUCCUGCGCCACUGGCCCGUGACCAACUGCCAGAAGGAGGUGUUGCUCAUCGACGAGCUCCAGGAGAUCCUCGAGGUCCUCGAGCCGAAGCAGUUCGAGAAGCUCGCCGUGCCCAUCUGCUCGCGGAUCGCGCGCUGCGUCAGUAGCUGCAGCUCUCAGGUGGCCGAGAGGGCGUUGUACGUGUGGGACAACGAGCGGUUCCUGCAGCUGGCGUCGGGGUCGCCGGGUGUGAUGGAGAAGAUCCUGCCGCCGUUCGUGGCAAGCGUGGAGAGCAACCUGGAGCUGCACUGGAGCAAGUGCGUGCAGCAGGUGACGGCCAGUGUCAAGUCCCUCCUCGAACAGGUAGCGCCGGACCUGUACGCGCGGUGCGUCGACGACCUCGCCGCGAGGCGGUCCGAGGCCGAGGUGGCGGCCGCCGUGCGGGACGCGCGGUGGCGGAAGCUCGAGCUGGCCGCCGCCGCCGCCGCCGCGAAGAAGUAGCUAGCCCGCCCGCACGGCGGCGGAAGCUCGAGCUGGCUGUCGCCGCCGCGAAGUAUGUAGCUCGUACGUGUUGUGCAAGCGAAGUUUGUACUCCGUGAACGAGAAGAAAGUUGCAUGGCUACCGUGGUGCCAGGAGUGAACUUUGCAUGCUUCCGUAAGGCCAUGCACAGCGCGGUGAUCCAUACGACUUACACUCACGAUGUCUCCUCUUGCCAGCCCGGUGCGCGGCGCCAUGGAAAGCGGCCGCCGGCUUGUGGCAUGUGACGCCCGGCGAACCAGACAGCGGAGUUCCGUGAACCGUAGCGGCGGGGCAGGCGUUUUGGACGUGACCGUGUCACAUGGCGCGGGUAUCUACUACGCAGGCGGCAGUUUGGACCCCAGGUUUUGGCCCUUCGGCCGGCCGCGCGAUCGAUGUUUCUCGGCUCCUCUCUCCACGGCGAUGCGAAUCCGGCAGCCCAGCGGCUGUCAGGCGAGUCGCUUGUCGUCACCUACCUCUGACAUGUUCAGGUGGAUGGGUUUUUACCCACAAGACGUGGACUGUCACUGUAUGUCAUCUGAAAUGGCACAGGCCGCCUCGCGCGGGCGCCUACUUACUGCCGGUAAAAAGAGAUAAACGAGAUGGAAAACUGAGCGUUUACUAUGUACGUACAAGUAUCUCAAGUGAUUCACUGAUUUCUGUUCCCAAAUUGCCACACACACACAGAA